AUGGCCGGCGAGCUUCAUGAGCCCAGCACCCUAGCGCGAACUGCCGAGCAUAUCGCAGCUCUGCAGCUCGAGCUGCGCCUGAUCGCGGACGGGUGUGAAGAGGCUAGUGAUCGCAGGUGUGGCGCACUCGCUCGGUCGUGCACGUCACGAGAGCAGCCCGCGACAUCGACGUGGCAGAGUCGCGUGGGCGAGCCAGCGAGGCCGUGGUGUGCGCGCGCUCGAGACAGACCGGCUGACAGCGCCCCUUGCGUGGGAGAUGCUGCUGCGGAGCGGUGUGAUGAAUCUACUGCUGGCUCUCUGCUGGCUGCUGCCGAUUGCGCCCGCUCAAGGGAAAUGUUUUUGCAGAAAAGGAGCCAGCUGGGUGAGGAGCUGAUUCCGUCGGGCGGGAGGUGA